GAGCGUCGGGGCCGGCAGCCGGGCUGAGGCGGUGCCGCUCCGCCCGCGGCGGCGGCGCCCCGCGCUGCCCUGCCCUGCCCUGCCCUGCCGUGCCCAGUCCGGCCCUGCGCCCGCAUGAGGGAGGCGGCGAGGGGGCCAGGCCGCGCCGCGACACCGGCAUGUCCGCGCCCUGCUGCGCCGGCCAGUUGGCCUGCUGCUGCGGUACUGCUGCUUGUGCCUUGUGCUGCAAAUGCUGCCCCAAGAUAAAACAGUCAACCAGCACCCGCUUCAUGUAUGCGCUUUACUUCAUCCUGGUGACUAUCAUCUGUUGUGUCAUGAUGUCAACAACAGUAGCUAAUGAAAUGAAAACACACAUUCCCUUCUACGAGCAGAUGUGCAAGGGUAUUCAGGCGGGUGAGAUGUGCGAGAAGUUGGUGGGUUACUCUGCAGUGUACAAAGUCUGUUUUGGAAUGGCCUGUUUCUUCUUUCUGUUCUUCUUGUUCACCAUCAAAAUUAACAGCAGCAAAAGUUGCCGAGCAUACAUUCAUAAUGGAUUCUGGCUUGUUAAACUUAUACUUCUGGCAGCAAUGUGCUCAGGAGCCUUCUUCAUUCCUGAUCAGGACACUUUCCUUAAUGCCUGGCGCUAUGUAGGAGCAACAGGAGGUUUCCUUUUCAUUGCCAUUCAGCUCAUCCUGCUUGUUGAGUUCGCACACAAAUGGAAUAAAAAUUGGACUGCAGGUGCAAACCACAAGCAGAUGUGGAAUGGUUUGCUUGCCCUGGUCACGCUCAUCUUGUACUCCAUUGCUGUGGCAGCCCUGGUCCUCAUGGCUCUUUUCUACACACGCUCAGAGGGCUGCAUGUACAACAAGGUCCUGAUCGGUGUUAAUGGUGGCCUGUGCCUCUUUGUCUCGCUGGUGGCCAUAUCGCCCUGUGUCCAGAGUCGCCAACCCCAUUCUGGACUGCUGCAGUCAGGAGUUAUCAGCUGCUAUGUCAUGUACCUCACUUUCUCAGCACUAUCCAGCAAGCCACCAGAAACUAUCCUGGAUGAAAACAAUCAGAACAUCACAAUCUGUGUACCUGAAUUUAGUCAAGGCCUGCACAGAGAUGAAAACCUGGUUACGGGCCUGGGUACUACCAUUUUGUUUGGCUGCAUUUUAUAUUCUUGCUUGACCUCAACAACACGUGCAAGCUCAGAGGCACUGAGGGGAAUAUAUGCAGCACCUGAAACUGAAGUAGCUCGUUGCUGCUUUUGCUGCGUGCCUGACGGAGAUGCUGAUGCUGAAGAGCGCAUUGAAAAAAGGGGGGGCCAGACUGUGAUUUACGAUGAGAAGAAAGGCACGGUGUACAGUUAUGCCUACUUCCACUUCGUUUUCUUCUUGGCUUCGCUCUACGUGAUGAUGACAGUAACUCACUGGUUCCAUUAUGAAAGUGCUCAGAUUGAAAAAUUCUUCACUGGAACCUGGUCCAUCUUCUGGAUUAAGAUGGUCUCUUGUUGGGUUUGUGUCUGUCUGUACUUAUGGACUCUUAUUGCUCCACUCUGUUGUCCAACCAGAGAGUUCUCAGUGUGAACACUCAGAACGUGUUCACCUGAAGAAAAGAAGAAAGUGUUCACUCAGAAGAAAAACUUCUGUGUUUUUCUCUUUUAAUUUUUUUUUUCCUGUUACAAAUAAAAUACAACAGUCAUUUUGUAAUAAUGAAACACAUAUUUCCACUUAUCAUAAUGUACCAGUUAGUAACUUUUGAAUCAGACUAAACAAAUGAUUGAAGACUUUUUUUACCUUUUUUAAUUGUCAUGAACAAGCAUUGCCCAAGGGAACAAAUCUGUUCCAAAACUUUGUAACACUGAUGUGCGGAGUGUAGGAAGCACAGUCAUUACAUAAACUGGAAUAAGUGAAAUGCUUUUCAAAUAACUGACAGUCUUUUUCUGGCUUCAUUGGCGAGAAAAGAAAAAAUCAUGGUGGAGAUAUAUCCUCCUCCCUUCCUGUGAAUGUUGGAUAUCUUUUAGCAAAUAUGCAUUCCUUUUUAUACUAUUCCAUUAACUGUGUCUUCUACAGUUUGCAGUGAUGAUUUGGGCUGCUGUUUUGUACAGCAUAAAAUUCUUCUAAGUAGUAUCCUGAUAAUCUUUUCCAAAAACAUAAUUAAAUACUUCUGUAGAAAUAGAGAAUAUGUAAGAAUUUGACUGCCAAAGCAUCUACUAAAAAUUUUUAAUCUAAAUAUUGAAUAUAUUAAGUUAUUUUAUACCUAGAUUGAGAAAGGAAUGUACCAAUGAUAAUAGAGUAUUUAUUCUAUUGUAACUUUUAAAGGCACCUGAAUAUUUUAUGCAAUUCAGAUCUGUUCCAGUUCUUAACAGGAGUUGUACACACAAAUUCUUAAACUCUAAAUUUUGUCCAACUUUGUUUUGCCAGGUCACUUAAAUGGCAAAUUGUGUGUACUGCAUGGGGAUUUAAGAUACGGUACAUUCUUUAUUCAGAAUGUUUACUGUUGAGAAAAUGCUAAUUACAUGAGCACUGCCAGUUGCUGUUAAAUUUAAAAGUGGAGUGCUCAUUUGCUUUUCUAGCCUGCUGUUUCAACUUGUGUCUAAAGAUUUCCCAGGAUCUUCAGUUCUUUUUCUAUUUCUAAUUUUAAAAUAUUUUAAAUGCAUUGAUGGUCAGAAAAGGACUAUAGUGCGUCAUCUUCCUUUUCUGCCUGUGUGCUGGUUGGAAAGUAUUCAUUUUAACUGCUAUAUUUUUAUACUCCUCUGUUGAUGUUAGUUUUGCUGUUGGGAUGGGAUUUAGCAAACAAAUCCUUUAAUGGAGACUAAACUUAAUUUGGAGAACUCCUAUUCCAAGCAGUGGGGCAAGCAGUGAGAAAAACAAAACCAGGAGACACAAAUGUAAUAGCAGCUGCCUUAGUACAGAUGUCUGACUUGACAAUAUUAAACCCUACCAUAUCACUUUUAUUUGCUUUAAGCAGAUGAUUUGGUGGUAGAACAACAGCUCAGGCGCCCUAAAUGCCGAAUAAGAUUGAACCCAAUAUUAAUUAUCUACACUGCAGUGGGAUGAAUUUAUGACUUAUGCUAGACCCAGAGGUUUUGUCUUCUCUCUCUCUCUCUGCCUACAAUGUGAAAUAUGCAGGAUAUAAACAAAACCAAUUUAGCAAUUCUUUUUUUGAAAUAGGAUUGAGCCUUAAAUCUUCACCCAAUGCUUUCUGUAAAACAGAGAAGAGCACAACAUAGAGGCCAAUGAGACAGCCAAAAUAUUUGCAUGGCUUAUUUGUUCUGUUUCAGUAAGUGAUGGCUAAUGCACACCUGGUGAAUAAUCCUAAUACAACUGAUCUCAGUUCUGCUCUUGUUUUCAUUACCAUUUUUAGCUGCCUUGUUCCUGUGGUAUCCUAGGGCUUCUGUCCUGCCUGGCGCUUGCUCGGGGUGCGAUGUUCCCAACCCGGUGCGCUCUUGCAAAUUAAAUAUACAGGUCUGCAGUCCUGUAUACUUCUACCACCUACCCCAGUGAUCAGGAGCCUCAAAAUACAUCUGUAAUGAGAUCUGAGGGAAGGAGGAGUCUGUGCAAAGGUGUCUCUUGCUGCUCUCCUUGUUUGCACCUAGAGGAAAAAAAAGCAGUUGAAGCCUAGCUUUGGCACUGAGUUGGAAAAGCAACAAAUAUCUCUGGAGAGGGAAGCAGGGUUUUUUUCUUUCCUUUUGCUUCUGCUGGGAGGUUCUGAUCUCACCGAGAGCUCUGCUACUAUGGGAACCUAUCAGUAUGUCUCUGCCUGCAUUAGGAGCCCAGCCGUGCAGAUCCUUCUGCAGCAGGAAAAGGCCUUCGUUGAUGCAUUCGAAAUCUAGAAGCCUUUAUCUGUCCCCUGCCUAAGAUAAGAGCUUAUGGGCUAUGAGGUGUUAACUUGUCCCACCUAACUCAUAGAAGCUAUUCUGACAAGUCUUGAUCCAGUGCUACAGCUGUUAAGCUGCAGCUGAGAUAGUCCAAGCUCUUGCUUCUUCCUUGGCAAAUGUUCCUGAAAGUAUAGGGCCUGCAGGGGUUUCCAUCUAGUGCCGUAUGUGUUGUACUAUGAGAAACCAAGUAUGUUUUUUUUAAAUUAGCAAUGUUUUUUAUAACAGAACAUUCUGGAUAAGAAGUUCUAACAUAAGGUGACACGCACUGUGUCAUGUUAUAUGGCAGGGAAUCGUAACUGUUCUCUGGUUCCGAUAGCAGGCAUCCCAGUCACAAAUGUGGAUGAUCUUAAUACAUAUCUUGGCCAAUGGAUGUUAUUAUUUGUUUACAAAAAUACUUACUGUAUGUAGGCAGUGUCUGCCUGCAUAAGGACUUGCUGCACCUCCUCAUGCUCAUUUUCUUUAUGGUUUGUGUUUAAGGAAAUAGGUUUUGCACAGAGGAAAUGGGAUUGUAAGAGAAAAGUCCACAAUGAGGCAUGAGUCCAUUGUUCUUACAUAGCACUCACCUUACUGAGUUGCUCCUUCGUCCUUCCCUUCCACCAACAAUUGACCUUAAGCAUCUAGAUCUGCAGAUAUACAUACGGUGAGAACGGGGCAGUGGCUGGCUACACCGUUUUGUCUGCUUCUGGGCAAGCACUGCAGGAAAAGACCCAGAAAAUAACUUUGAGGACCUGUGUGUCCAUGCUGAGGCCCCAGAUACAGCUAUGGAUCUCCAGGCCUUUCUGAGGAACCAGUAACUGGUGGCACCUGGGUGUGUAAAGCCUCUAGUUCCUCAAUGAGACACAGCUUCCUGCUGACCAGGCAAAUAUUACAGCCUUAGCGUUCGCUGUAAAAUCUGUACUGUGAACUUCCACGUGCAACUACUUAAGAAAGUCCUUGGCUAGGAUUCGAGGAUUCAAAUGUCCAGGUCAUAGAUUCGACACAGUUCACCCAAAUGGGUUUUUAAAACCUUAUUAAGAAGUGCCUUUAUACCUACUGCUGUGAUAGUUAAUAAUUCAGGUGGCACUGGAACUGGAAAACCUGAACUGAGCCUGUGACUGGGUGGUGCAGUCUUGUAUGUUGCGCCAGUGUGUACAAGACACAGUCGGACCCAUGGUGCAUGUGGAAGACCAAAUAAUCUGUCCUUGACAAACCUCUGGGCAUGAGAUUGAUUCAGAUAUUAAUGUGCAGUGGAAGAUGAACUGGGAACGCUCACAAGUAGCCUGAUGCUUUUGUGAAUAAAUGAGUAGUUGUUGCUUACAUUUACAUUUAAACUGGUGACAGUUAACUUUCUCUCCCGAUACCUGAAAGUGCAGGUAGCUGCUCUGCUUGAGGUGAUUAGCUGUGUGGUGUCUAUCCUGCCUUGUGCCAUGAUUGUUCAUUGAAUUUGUUCCUGGACAUAAGUGAGCAGUGCAGCAUUUCUGGCUCCUCAUAUUUUUGGGGUGUGUGAAGAGAGGAAGCUGCUGUUACAGAGACAGGAACAGGUCCUGUACUGUUUCCUGUAGUUAAAUUUGAAUUUGAACUAAUGCUAUCGUUUAAUGGACUCCUGCAGAAACAGACCACGUUGGCAGAAGUUGGUUCUGCUGGGAAGGUGAAACAAUUUAUUGGCGUUUUCCUACUUGUUCAAAUUUACUGUUGUAAGAAAGGUUCUUUGAAACCUCCCUGCUGCACUACCGUCUUAGGCUGGAACAAGUUUUUCUCAUGAAGGCAACCGAGAGCCACAAUCUUGACUGUUUUUUGUUUGGGGGGAAAUCAGUGGGAUGGACUCAGAGAUCAAGUCUCUGAAUCCAAAUAGAUGGACUAACAGAUGAGACCAUAAAACCUUGCUAAGAACUUGUGGAAAGCAGAUGGAUAUGCUUGUUUGCUGUUUACCACCUAGUUCCUCAAAGCGUACAGGCAGCCCUUGCAGCUGUAUGCCAAGUAAGGAACUCCACUGUGAUCAUACAUCAGAGUAAUUACAUGUUUGUGAUACUCUCAGCUUUGUACUUAAAGCAUUUCCAUGCGAUUCAAAAACCUCGUACUUGUCCAGCUAAUUCAGUAAAUCCUGGCUGGGUUGGGCCACUUUUGUCUGAAACGGGUAAUUCAGUGUUGCUAAUGUAUGCGUAGUCCGGAGAGAGGGUUUAUCCCCUCACAGGAUCAUAAACACUGCAUGUGUAUUUAUUUAUUUAUUUUGUGUUUUAGCACCUUUUUACAAAUCUAGAAGCGCUUUGAAAUUAUAAGCUAUGCACAUAUAAUUGCUUCGUCAGCCACAAGUGCAGACAGUUCUGAGCUAGAACAUUGCUAUUAAUGAAGCAUUCAUUGCACUUGCGAAAAAAACUGUUUUUUAACAGUUGUCUGGUUCUGACCAAUGCAUCAGAAAAAUUUGAGAACUCAAGAUACUGCUGUUCCAACUUUGGCUAGCAGCCCACAGUAUCGUGGGCAUCUCUGAACAGAUUGGUAACAAAACUGCUUUUGAAACAUGCUUUAAAGAUUUUGUGCUAUAAAGAAUUUAUGCUAUAAACUGUUAGGCUUUUCUUCUAAAUAAGUUGAUGAAGCAAAAUACCACAAGGCUGCACCUGUGUGGCUAGAUGAGAGAGAUGAUCUGCAGCGAAAAUUUUGCUCUCGUCUUUCAUUCUGGGCUUUAGAAGAAAUGUCUUUUGCUUGCAGGCUGUAUCCCCUCAUUUUAUUUGCCUUUCUCUCCUUGCAUUUGUUUUUUAAGGGUAUUGUAAACCUGCUUCACUCCCACUCUGCUUCAUGUCAAGUGUGAUGUCUUUGGUGCUAGAAACUAGCAAAGACUUCUUCGCCAGGUCUUGUUGAUCCUUUCCUUUUCAUAGCAGGACAACCGGCGGUGUUGAAGCAAAGUCAAGGAUCAUACUUUAUUAUAUGGGUUGGUUUUCCUCUGUGAAAACUGCUUCUUUGUUUUGUGAAGUGGCCUACAAGUUCUUGUGGGAGGAAAACACAUAAUCAGCGCCAUGACAUUUUACUCUGUUUUCAGUCUUGUAAACAGUAGUUUGAACUCAGUGUUUCACAUGAAUGUACAAGGGAAUGCCGGGGGUCAGGUGCUUAGAAAGCUUUGGGGUUUUGUACUUGUAACAGGAUAUGUAGCUUGGGAGCUGGUAUGUCUCUACAUUUUCAACAUGCUGAAGACAGAAUGCCUGUGUGCCCCAGGAUGGGGAUGCAGACACACUGCACAUGGUCUGAAGUAGAAACUUUGGGAGACUGGCAUGAUGGCUGCUUUCUAAUGCCCGAAGAAACUCUGUAGGGUUCAAGGAGGCCUUAAAUCCCAUUUUGUUUUGUUUUUUUUUCUCAAAGCUGGUUUCAACUCAUUCCACACCUGUUCAGUAAUGUUAUUUUUUAAAAGUUGGAAUUUAUUUCAGAUGUAAGCCACGUUGGCUUUCCCCUGUUUGCCAGUCUCCAGUAGUUCCCAGUGUGUAGCAUACAGCUCCUGGCACAAACUUCUUCAGAGCCACAGUCAUCAGCUUUGAAACUGUUCCAGCAGCUUAAAGCUUGCAGGGCUUUUGCUCGCCAGAGCUGCGGGGUGCAUCACUGCAGCCAUGCUUUUGCCAAAGAAGCCUCAGUGCGAAGCCAGAAUAAUUUUGGAAAGCUAUGGGGAAAUAAUGUCUCUUACUCAUACCGUAGCUUUAUUUUUCCUCUUACCGAUACACGUCCAGGUGCUUAGGUGUCAUCAGACAUCCAUGCAAACUUAAAGCAAGGGGAAUUAACUUUCAGAGAAAAUUGUUCAACUUGUUGUAUGCAAGCUGAGAAAGUAUUUACUAGGGUCAUAUGGGCUCACUGUCUACUUUUUGUUUACCACCAGUGAGUGGUCUUCAGUCUCAUAUAUGCCAUGUUCAAAAAACUGGAUGCAAAGUAGUCAAAAUGUAAAGACUUUUUCUUAACGGUGAAUGGUUUUUAAUUAGUCUUUUUCAAAGUUCUUAAUAUCGCAAGGGAACUUUUUGGUGUGUAUGUGUGGUUUUAUUUUACUAAGCUGUAGCCCAGUGGAGGUUUGCUAGUUUAUUUAACAUUUUUUGAGAGUGUUGUGAUCUGUAGUAACUGUAACACUUUGACUUUUAAGGAUUGGCAAAGAUUUCAGAAUUGUAAGAUCUUAUUUGUAAAGUAGUCAACAGCUUUGCCUUUCUCAAGCAUGUUAAUGGGUUUAAUGGACACUUCCUUUUGUAUACAGAGUGAAUGUAUUGUUAUAGAUUUAAUGUUUAAUGGACCAAUAAAGUUUUUCUUACAUUUGAAA